AUAAUACUUUCUGAAAUGUGUUUUCAAGAUGAUCACACAAAGCCAUCCUUUUUUAUAGGAAGAGGUUAAUGUGGCUGCUAAAUGAGGGGUGGUGACCUUUACAUUAUUUACUAGGAGUGAUGUAAACCAGUUCUGCAAGUCUGUGUUGAUCUAUAACUCAGGUUGCUGUUAAAGUCUGCCCAGAUUACUCUUUGGACCCACCUUGGAGCUCUUCCUCUUUGUGCAUACAACAACAGCAGCUGUAAGAGCAGAACUCUCCCCACACUUUAGGAACGUAUCAUGGCUUCGCGGCCCCGAGCUUCCUCCCAGCCAGGAAAACUUUCCCUGCCUCAGAUUAUCAAGGGAACCUCAUCCCUUCGUCCACGAGCUGUUUCCAAUCGCUCUUGCUCCAUGCUGGAGAACGAGUUGUCUUGUCCCAUCUGCUGUGAGAUCUUCAAGGAGCCAGUCGUGCUCAAGUGCAGCCACAGCUUCUGCAGGGUCUGCCUGCAGCAGUUCUGGAGUAAGAAGAAGGCUAAGCGAGAGUGUCCCAUCUGCAGGAGGAAGUGCUCUCUAACGGAGCCGACGGUCAGCCUGGCCCUGAAGAAUGUGGCUGACACCUUCCUGAGGGAGCAAGGGAAGAGGGGGGCCACAGCCAGACUGGGGACAGGGGUCAGCGUGGCAAGGGAGGAUGCAGUGGUGCUGGAGGAAAAGUGUGAAACACAUGGGGAGGUUCUCAAACUCUUUUGUAUGGAUGACUUUGAAGUCUUGUGCUGUGUCUGUCACACUUCCAAGAAGCACCAGGGACAUAAAAUGUGCCCUCUAGAUGAAGGAGCUCAGGAUCUGAAGACAGAACUGAAGAAGGAGCUGAUCCCCCUAAAGAAAAACUUGCGCCACCUGUAUGAAGCCAAGCAGGAGUGUGAUGACACAACUGUGCACAUCAAGAGCCAGACACAGGCCACAGAAAAGCAGAUAAGGCAGGAGUUUGAGGAGCUUCGGGGGUUUCUCAAGCAGGAAGAAGAUGCAAGACUGGCCGUCCUGCAAAAGGAGGAUGAGGAGAAAAGGGAGUUGGUGAGGAAGAGGUCCGAAACCAUAACCAGAGACAUCCUCACUUUCUCUCAUGCUGUCAUCGCCAUUGAGAAUGAGAUUGCGUCCAGUGAUGCUCAGUUCCUUCAGAAUUACACCAACACAAAGAAAAGAGCACAUCUACCCCAGAAAGAUCUGGAAAAACUGUCAGGUGCCCUUAUAGGUGUGGCCAAGCAUCUGAGCUCCCUUAAAUACCAAGUGUGGGCAAAGAUGAUGGAACUGGUUCAGUACACACCCAUAACCCUGGACCCCAACACUGCCUACCCUUGGCUGUCCCUUUCCGCAGACUUGACCAGCGUGGCCAACACUGGAUCCCUGCAAAAGCUCCCAGACAAUCCGGAGCGUUUCGGUCGCUUUGUGUUCGUGCUGGGAUCAGAAGGCUUCACUUCAGGCCGCCACGCCUGGGAGGUGGAGGUGGGCAGAAAGGUGGACUGGAUGAUCGGUGUGGUCAAGGAGUCCAUUGACAGGAAAGGGCACAUUUCUGGGUGUCCGGAGGGGGGCUUCUGGAUGAUAUCGUACUCUGAGGGCAAGUACUCAGCAAUGACGAGGCCCAGCACUCCGCUCCACUUGGAGGGCGAUCUGACUCGGGUCAGGGUGCAGCUUGACUGUGAGGCUGGGGAGGUUACUUUCUCCAACCCUGUGACCAUGAAGCCGGUCUACACCUUCCCUGACUGUUUCACUGAAAAGAUGUACCCCUUUUUCUGCCCCAGUGUCAACAUUAACGGAAGCAACCCCAAACCUCUCAAAAUCUGCCCUGCCAAGGUGGCUGUGUGGAACAGUGCGACCUGGUGAUCUGAGAUUACGUCACAUAAAGCACUGACAUGUUUUAUAUUGCACAGGUUUGAUGAUGUUUUGUGAAGGUGUGAAUGGAGCUAUGGAGCAAUGAUACAAAGAAAAUACAAUAAAGCAGUUUCACGAAACCAGACACUCCCCUGCUAACCCUUUCUACUUCUUCAUGAGGAGCAGCACGGUGAGCAUCAUCCCGCUCCGGUGGUGAAAACACACCUAUUUGAUUUAUACCUCACUUUACAACCAAUUUAACUUUUAACUUUUAACUUUACAAUUCCCCUAAAUGAAGGAGAGGUUACUUAUAUCACAUCAACAUUUCUAUGUGUUACAUGUGAUCCCAGUCACUGAAAUGCAUUUCUUUAAGACAAAAAAGCUAUUUUAUAAGAGCAGCCAGGCCCAUAAAGCAGAAGGAGGAGAUAACAAAGAUGCUCACAUUUUGUCUAAGAGAAGAUCACUAACAUUUAAUGAAAAAUCAAAAAUAUAAAAUUAAAUAAAAUGUGAAAUCAAAAUGUCACAAAAUGUAGCUAAAUUUUAAUUGUUUUUGUUUGUAUGCAUAUUUUUCCUCACUGGCCUGUUCAUUGUUUGGGCUAACAUUCUAAACACUAUAAUGUAGAAACUGAAAAAAGGUUAAUCAAAUUAUUUCUAUGUAAAUAAAACCUACAGUUAAGUCCAAAAUUAUUUACACCCCAGGUAGAUUUAGAAUUAAACUUAACCAAGGCGUUUGUUUCUUAUAAGCAAGACAUCUCUUAAAGAUAAUAAAACAACAUAAAGGUUAUUGCAGUGUUUAUGUCGAUACCUUUCUGGUGGAGGAUCAAGUAAUUUGAGUAUCCAUUUUGAUUAAAAAAACAAAUUACUUUUUCUUUUUGUUACAUUUUCAUCUGUAUUUUCAUCAUGUUUCAUCUGGACAGAAGAAACAUGUUGGUCAAAUUUAAAGAUUACCUUAAACCUUAAUCUGUCAGGGGUAUUUAUAAUUUUAGGCUCUACUUUGUUUUUAGACAUUUUUUUAAUUGCAGUUUUUCAAGACCAAACAAUACUUAGAACAAUAACAGUUUAUUUCCUUUCACUAGAAUUCACUCAACUGUGAAAUCUUGAUGGGUCCAAUAUGCUUGUCAGUGAAUAAACUGUUUCCUCUACAUUG